UGAUAAAUAGGUGAGCAAGCCAGUCUCUUUCCAAACCCUUGCAAUCCCAUUACCUCCCACCCUCUUUCUCCUUUUCUCUCACUAAAAUGAAGGUUUAUGCCAUGAAUCAGCUUCCCUUUGGCAGCAAGCACCAUGCUCUACGAAAAAACACACCAACAAUAGCCCUAACAGUAACCUUUACCCUGGUUCUUUUCACAGUUGCUCCUCUAUGUUACCCUUUGCUAGGGUACCCUUUAUAUUUGUUGAAAAGCUUUUCAAAGUCACAAAUCUCAAUAUCAUCUUAUGUUGAUGUGAAGUAUGGCUCAAUAUUUGAGCAUGAAAGUGAGCAGAAAUGUGACAUAUUCACAGGAGAAUGGAUACCAAAUCCUCGUGCACCGUAUUACACAAACACAACAUGCUGGGCAAUACAUGAGCAUCAAAAUUGCAUGAAAUAUGGAAGACCCGAUACUGGGUUCAUGAAAUGGAGAUGGCAACCAGAUGGAUGUGAGCUACCUGUUUUUAAUCCUGCUCAGUUCCUUGAAAUUGUUAAAGGCAAGUCUAUGGCUUUUGUUGGAGACUCUGUGGGUAGAAACCAAAUGCAGUCCUUGAUAUGCCUUCUAUCCAGGGUGGAAUAUCCCAUUGAUGUUUCAUAUACACCAGAUGAACACUUCAAACGUUGGAGGUAUCCAUCAUACAAUUUCACCCUCGCAACGUUUUGGACACCCCAUUUAGUCAAGGCUGAAGAAACAGAUGCCUAUGGACCGACUCACACUGGCCUCUUCAAUCUCUACCUUGAUGAAUUUGAUGAAGGAUGGACAACCCAAAUCGAGGAGUUUGAUUAUGUGAUCAUCAAUGCAGGGCAUUGGUUCUAUCGUCCAUGCGUUUACUAUGAAAAUCGCCAAGUAGUUGGUUGUCGAUUUUGCCUCCUAGAAAAUGUGACAGACUUGCCUAUGUAUUUUGGGUACAGAAAAGCGUUUAGGACAGCUUUUAGAGCCCUUAAUAGCCUAGAAAAUUAUAAGGGUAUAACAUUUCUUAGGACAUUUGCACCAUCACACUUCGAGAAUGGGGAAUGGAAUAAAGGUGGGAAUUGUUUGAGAAGAAGGCCUUUUAGAAGCAAUGAGACUAGUUUGGAGGGUAUAAAUUUUGAGCUUUACAUGACACAAUUGGAGGAGUUUAAGCUUGCUGAAAAGGAAGGGAAAAAGAAGGGUUUGAGAUUUAGGUUAUUAGACACCACACAAGCUAUGUUGUUGAGGCCAGAUGGUCACCCUAGCAGAUAUGGGCAUUGGCCUCAUGAAAAUGUCACCUUGUAUAAUGACUGUGUGCAUUGGUGCUUGCCUGGCCCAAUUGAUACAUGGAAUGAUUUCUUGUUGGAAAUGUUGAAGAUGGAGGGAGUGAGAUCAUACGAGGAGAAGCUUGAUUUAAGUGACAGAAAAAUGAAGUUGAGAUAAAUUCAUUUCUAUUCUUCUCCAAAACGGAAAACCAGUCCAAUCGCCCUUUGUGUUUAUAGGUUCUUUAUUGUAUUAUUGGAGUUGUGCAUUGAUUUAUAUAUAAGACUUUUGAGCGUGUUUGACA